CACACAAACACACGCCCCCAUUCACUGAGGGCACGCACAUACACAGAUCCUCUCACAUACACACUCACAGCUGUUGAUACUUCUCUAUCUGAUGAACGCUAGAGCAGCCAAGACGGGGAGACUGUAAGAAUCUGGGAGAAUCUGCUGUCUGCUGGCAGCUUCACCGAGGAGCAUUUAUAUGGAAAAUCUGCAGGGACGCGUGGACGGACUGGUUUUCUGAUCGCCGCCUGGUUAUUCGUAUCCCGCUCUUUCUCUCUCGUCUCUCCCGGCUUCUUUCUGGGACUCACUGGUGGAAUUUGUGCACGGGCACCGAGCAGCAGUGAGAAACAGAGACAUGUGUUUUGCCUCAGCUGCCUACUACUACUCCCCAUUCUCUCCCAUUCACUGACCAAGUAGGAAAUAAACACAAGGUGACGGUCAGAGUGGCAGCCGUAGAGCAAGCAAGUGAGGUGAAACAGGCAUGAGUGCGGGCAGCCAUCAGGGGGUGGUGACCACCCCUCCUCCGCCUGGUGGAGGUACUAAGGAGCGCUACUUCGACCGGGUCGACGUGAAUGAUCCGGAGUACAUCAGGGCCAGAAACAUGUCUCCCGACCUCCGACAGGACUUCAACGUUUUGGAGCAGAAGAAACGUGUCACACAGAUACUACAGAGCCCCGCUUUCAAGGAGGAAUUGGAGAGCCUGAUCCAAGAGCAGCAACGGAAGGGGAACAACCCCACUGGCCUGCUGGCCCUCAGGCAGAUCGCAGACUUCUUUAUGGCCAGCACAGUUGCCGGUUUCAACACUUCCCCCCUCAGCCUGGGGAUGGUCACUCCCAUCAACGACUUGUAUGGAGUGGAAUCCACCACGAUGGUGAAAGGCGAGAAGCUGACGCGUUGUAAACUGGCCAGCCUCUACAGACUGGUGGACCUGUUCAGCUGGGCACACUUCGCCAACUCCUACAUCACAGGCCGAGUCAGUAAAGAGCAAGACCACAUCCUGAUCAUCCCCAGAGGACUCUCAUUUGCUGAGGCAUCUGCUUCAAACCUGGUGAAAGUCAACAUCAUCGGGGAUGUGAUCGACCAGGGCUCCACCAACCUGAGGAUCGACCCCGCAGGUUUCAGCCCCCAUGCUGCCAUCUACUCCAUGCGUCCAGACAUCCGCUGCAUCAUACACGUGCACACUCCUGCCACAGCAGCUGUAAGUUCACAUUACCACACGUUAUAUUAUACCCAACCUUGCAAACCUCUCUGUGAUGAUUUUCCCUGCAGAUUGGUGCUUGAUGCUUAUUUUUUUAAGAGGGGUGCGAUUAGAAAUGGACCUGUGGUGCCUCUCUGUGAUCGGACUCUUCUGAUGCUUACAAUGACUUUUUUCUGUGUGCACGUGUUCCAGGUUUUGGUGCUGAGGAAUCACGGCGUGGUUGCUCUCGGGGAGACCAUCGAAGAGGCCUUUCACUACAUCUACAACGCUCAGUAUGCCUGUGAAAUCCAGGUUAAUGCCAUUUCUUGUGCUGGAGGUGUGGACAACCUUAUAGUGCUGGACCAGGAGAAGUACAAAUCACGAGUGUUCACCGUCGCCUCGGCGGCUGCUAUCAACAUGGCUGGGCAAUACAAGUGGAAAAUCGGUGAGCUGGAGUUUGAGUCUCUGAUGAGGAUGCUGGAUAAUCUGGGCUACAGGACAGGCUAUGCAUACCGGCACCCCAUCAUCCGGGAGAAGCCGAGGCACAAGAGCGACGUCGAGAUCCCCGCCACGGUUACAGCGUUCAUGUUCGAAGAGGACGCGGAUAGUGGUGCAACACGGCUGCCCUUCAAGUUUCUCCAGCAGCGGCAGCAGAGGGAGAAGACACGCUGGCUCAAUUCACCCAACAGCUACACCAAGGUCAGCGUAGAAGGUGGAGAGGAGCGCUACAACAGCCGGACAACCACGUGGAUGAAGGCAGAUGACCCAGGAACCCCAAUUCGUAUCGAGGAUCCCAAUCAGUUUGUCCCUCUCAACACAGAUCCCACUGAAGUGCUGGCGAAGAGGAACAAAAUCAGAGAGCAGAACCGGCUUGAUUUGAUGUCAUCAGGGCCGCGGUCUCAGCACCUUGCAGGCAUCCCUGUCGACGAACCGCGAAAGGAUCUGGUGCAGAUAAACGUUCUGCCAUACGUGCCCACAGAGGAAGAGCAGAUGGCUCCCCUGCCUCCCAACCCUUUCAGUGAGUUGUCAGUGAAGGAGCUGGAAGAGUAUCGCAAGAACGUGGAGAGAAGGCAACUGGGCCUCAGCGAGAACCACACAGGACUGAUGAACGGUAAAAACGACCACGGGGACGUGGACGAGGAGCUGUCAAAGCGCGUGAGCCAGCUGACCACCAGCGUUGAGAGCGUGGAGAUCACCGUGCGCUCCGGGGAGAAAAUCGAAGAGGCCCUGUCCCCCGAGAGCUCGCCCUCCAAGUCGCCCAACACCAAGAAGAAGAAGAAGUUCCGCACCCCAUCCUUCCUGAAGAAAAACAAAAAGAAAGAGAAGACGGAGGCCUGAGAGCGAGCGGGCAGCAGGCGGCGAGGCAGACGGGGAGAUCAUCUGCAUAGAAGAAUGAGGGGCAAGCAAACCCCCGUUUUCUGUUUAAUAAUGUCUGUUUUUAUUUUGUUUUAAAUGUCCUUUUAUGUUUUUAAUUUUAUUUGUUUUUUAACAAAAGGUUUUAUGUGC